CGGCGACAGAGAGGCAAACCCCUCGGGGGAUUUAUUCCAAUCUCUUGCCUCCUUGCUCUUGCUCUUGCAUCGUGCGGAUGGAGUCGAACUAACUGUCUGCAAUCUGGUCAACGAACGUUUCUUCAUAUUGUUAUUGUUAGCGUCGCCACUCGGGGAGUCGCUGCCUGCCAUCAACCCAUCAAAGGGUCGCCGCGACCCGCUUUGCAUCGGCCCCAUUGUUCAUCUUCGGGUUGCAUUCUUCUUUUCCAAUUAAUUGUUCUGCAUCCGUCUACCCUCGUGCAUCGCUUUGUCUCUCCUGAACGACCGCAAGUGCCUGCCAUUAUGGCGCCGAUGCUGGGCAAUGACUCAAUCGAUGACGGGCUACCGACUGCCCAGACCCCAAGAAAGAACAUCCUCUACAUCGACGCGUAUGACUCCUUCUCGUACAAUGUCGUCGCCAUGCUCGAAGAGCUCCUCGAGGCCCAGGUGACCGUCCUGAUGAUCGACUCCGCCUGGCCGAAUGGGAAUAUGGUCGAGUUCCUGCAACAUUACGAAGCCGUGGUUCUGGGGCCAGGGCCUGGAGACCCCCAUGCGCCCCCCGAUGUAGGCAUCAUGGGCGACAUCUGGACCCUGAGCGCCGCAGACAUGCUGCCAGUCUUCGGGAUCUGUCUCGGCUUCCAGAGUCUGUGCCUCCGCCAUGGGGCCACGGUGGGCCGGUUGCCAUACCCGCUGCAUGGCCAGGUCCGCCGCGUUCAAUCCGUCCAGGAGGACAUCUUCGAGGGCCUAUCCGAUCUGGAAGUCACGCUGUACCACUCGCUAUACGCCCAGAUGGAAUCCGUGUCGGAUGGCGGCAGCGACCGAAGGCUCAUCGGCCCCGCGGCGCUAGAGCUUCAUCUUCUGGCCUGGUUGGCCAUCGAACACGGCGACCUUGCCGGCGGCGUGCAGCUUCCUAUGGCUGUGCGCCAUAAAACCAAGCCGUUUUGGGGGGUUCAGUUCCACCCGGAAUCGUGCAAGUCGGACCGAAACGCAUGCAGUAAGCUCCUCAGGAGAUGGUGGGAGAUGGCUCGCCGUUACAAAAUUAACGGACGAGGCGGUUACACGAGCCUCCCCAAUGGCAUCCUCCCGUCACUUAAUGCUGCGACGAGGCUCCCGGAUAUCGCCCACACCAUGUUGGACUGGACGGCGUCGAGCUCGAAUCGCUCUUUCUGCCGAGACUUCAUCACCUCGGAGCUGGACGCUGAAAUGAUAUGCGAGAGUCUCAAUAGUCCAGGCUCGCCCACGGUGCUGUUCAAAUCCAAUGGCCGAUACAGCAUCGUGUCCGUGCCAAGUCCUUCCAACUGGAGGUUGGAGUACUUCGCGCAGAAUGAGAAGUUAUUUCUGGAGAAGAUGGGAAGUGACGGAGCCGGCGAACGAGCAGUAGUCGAGAGGUACUUGCCGGUGUCUCAAUUCUGGGAUGUACUUCGGUAUGUCAUGGACACGAAGAAGGUCGACUCGGGGGACAGUGCCGUGCCCUUCUGGGCCGGCUUCUUGGGAUACUUCUCGUACGAAAUGGGGCUUGCUUGCCUCUCUCGUCCGAAGGAGCACAGCCAGGGCCACCCAGGAGCUUGUUCAUCCCCAGACAACACGUCCAAGGACGAUCCGGCAGAUGCCAGUUUAUUGUGGACGGAACGGAGCAUCAUACUCGAUCAUGAGACGGGCCGUGUCACCGUGCAGUCUACGCGAGAGGCCGACGACUCACCAACUGGAUGGCUCAAUGAAGCGGUGCAUUUCUUGCAGAAGCUCACGUCUGUCGACAAGAUUGCAACCGACACAGAGGUCUUGGACCCCAUUCUUAGUCGAGGCGUGGUGCAGCUUCCAAACAAGGAAACCUACUGGGAGCAGUUUGAGGCCUGCAGGGCCCAACUGCAGGCCGGAGAGUCAUACGAAUUAUGCCUUACCUGCGAAACCACCAUAACAUUACCUUCGCCAGACACCGACUAUGCGCGCAUCCACUUCCCGUGGGGGCUGUAUAAGCGCCUGCAAAAAUAUAAUCCUGCCGCGUUCAGUGCCUAUGCGAGGCUGGGAAGCGUGAAGAUCGUCAGCAGCAGCCCGGAGUGCUUCCUCAACUGGGACCGCGAGUCCACCCUGGAGAUGAAGCCGAUGAAAGGCACGGUGAGAAAGACAGGCGACAUGACCCUGGAGAAAGCCCGGGCGAUCUUGGGCUCGACCAAGGAAAUGGCCGAGAACCUGAUGAUUGCGGAUCUGAUCCGACAUGACCUCUAUGGCAUCUGCGGCUCGGGGGGCGUUCGAGUGGAAAAGCUGCUCGAGGUGGAGGACCACGGGCGGGUCUAUCAGAUGAUCACGCACGUCAAGGGACAAGUCGAUCCAGCUCGACCUGGAUUUGCGGCGCGAGACAUGCCGCAACUGCAUUCCGCCGGCAUGUCCGUCUAUGGACUGACCGCGCUGCAGAGAUGCCUUCCUCCGGGCUCCAUGACCGGUGCCCCAAAGGAGCGCUCCUGCAUGCACCUCUCCUCGAUCGAGGCCCGCAAGCGCGGCAUCUACUCGGGCGUCAUGGGCUUCCUCGACCUGGGAGGCGGAGGAAGCUUUUCGGUCCUGAUUCGCACCGCCUUCUCUUCCUCUGGUGACCAGGACAGCGAGCACACGUGGCGGAUCGGGGCUGGAGGCGCAAUCACCAUCUUGAGCACCCCCGAGGGUGAAUGGGACGAGAUGUUGACCAAGCUGAGGACCGUGUACGGGGUCUUCACCCCGGCAGGUACGAAGGGACUACUGGGCUGAAACAGUCCCAGUUCUUGUUUUUCACUUUUUGUCAUUGGUACCGGUGCCAGUGGCUUCAACACUUGCAUAUAUGUCUUGGAUCGAACAUAGACGAUAGAGACACUUUCAACAUCCAGCGUUGGUUACAGACGGCGUUCUUUGGGGACUGAUUUGAUUUGCAUUUGCAUAUGCAUUGUUUGAAGCAGACGAGAGUUUAUCACUUUCUCGAGCCACCUGCGCACUGUUUUCUAUUCAACAAGAUACCCUGGUGGGGACCCCUGAGGGCUCCAUGAAGUAUAUCCACAAAUACACAUCUAUC